GUUUAAUAAGUUUUUUGCUUUGGUACAAAUAUAAAUAUAAUGAUUUGGAUUGUUCUUGUACUAUGUCUAUCGAUCCAAGUAUUAGCAGAAGAUAUAUCCGACGACUACACUGGAAAAGAAGAAGAAUCGCAAAAUAUUAAUGCCGACGAAAACUUAAUGCUGCGAAAAAAUCUUGGUCAAAAAAACGAAGACAAGGUUCAGACAAGACGAAUGUUUGAUUGGUUUAAGAACCUAUUUGGUCUUAAACAUGAUGCUGACGAUACACCUGUUAAACACGUUAAUAAAACAGGACUAGAACUGAGAAUAGAAAAAACUGAGGAGAAUAUUCUUGAAACUAUGAACAGAAUUGCUGAUGCUCUAGAGAAGAUCAGUAACAGUGUCGAUAUACAAUUACACAUGAUGGUACCUUUUGAUAAAGGUUUUGAUAUAAAUUCCCAUCAUGACAGCACAAGGGAUAGGGACAGACAUAAUAUUAACAAAACUGAAGAGUCAUUAGAGAGUAAUGUAACUGAAAAGCUGCCAACAGUAGACAUCAUGGAACCUAUAUACAGAAUAGCAAAUACAAUAGAGAAAAUCAAUAACAAUAUGGAGUUACAGUUACAUAUGUUGUUAGCUAAAAAAGGAGCAAAAAGCCUGAAUAAACAUGCAAGGAAUACCAGAAGAAACACUUUUGAAUGGAUGUAUAGCUUAAUAUUUGGUAAAAAUAAAACUGAUCAGUUACCAUCUGAGAAAGGUAAUACAACUUUAUAUGAUUUGCUAACAAAGCCCUACGAUGAGAAUGCUGAAGGCGAUAUUCUGGAAGCCGCGGAUAGAAUAGGUUUUGCUCUAGAAAGGAUAAACUCAAAUCUAGAGCUACAAUUACAUAUGAAACUAGAUUGUAAAUGUGAAGAACAAACUCGAGUUAAAAGAAAAUAUGAAAUUCAUAAACGAACUGCUAGAAUGGAUAGAGAUUUUUAUGGAAUUGUAAAGAAUUUGGAAGAAAAUGUACGCCUGAAAGAUAGUAAUAUUAGAAGUAAACGAGACGUUGAGGAAAAUGAUACAGAAUUUAAAGUUUUACAAAAAAAAUUGUCAGAAAACACAGUGGCACCUUUAUCACAGAUUGUAGAAGCACCUGACGAUAAUGUAAAGACAACGAACGCACCUUCAUUAAUGACAAUUGAAACUGAAGCAGACAAAAAGGGAAACCGUAAAAUAUCAAGACGACAGGACUCUGACGAAAUAAAAACUAAAUUGUUAAAUUAUAUUUAUGAAAGUUAUAACGAAAUUACAAACAAAAUUGAUCCAUUAUCAAAAAUAAAAGCCCAAUACCAGAAUGAAAAUUUGUAUAAAAUUGGAUAUAUAAUGUCAAAUAUUGAUACUUUGGAGGUGAAUUUGAAAAAUAUGAAAAAGGAAGUUGACGGUAAUAAACAGGAAUUUGAGGAAACAAAAAUAUUAAACAUGUUAGAUACUUUCAUGGCUUCCAAUAGAAUAGUCUCGAGUCUUAUUGACAGUUUAAGAUUGUUAGCGAAACCUAUAGACGUAAUGAAUAUGCCACAACAAACAACUAAUAGUCCGGUGUUAACAUUAAUCUAAAACCUAAGAAGUGUAAUUUAUGUCCUCGCCUUGAAGAACUAAGUACUUGACCUAAUUACUGGAGUUUUAAUGUCAGAAGUCAAUACAGACAUCACCGUUUCUAAGGACUGCUCUAUGCUGAAUUGAUGGCCAAUAUUCAUUAGUUCGAAAGGUACUACAAGAAGUAGAAGAGGCGAUCGAUCGCCAUUUUUCACGGCCCUGACAAACCCUUUCUUGUCUUAAGUACAUUUAACAAUCCUUUGUUAUAAGCCCUCUUAUUCUUAAAUAUUUUUAAUAAAAACAAAAUAUUUCAGCCUAAAAAUUGUUGUGAGAAAAGAAAUACAUUUAAACUAUACACCAAGCCUCUGGAACCCAUGUAUAUCACAGGCAAGGUACUCCCAGACCAACCGUAUGAGUACUCAGUUACCACGCUUUCACGUACAUUAAUGGCGAAUCUAAAUUUAAAUUCCUCUGAAUAAUACAACCGUGCGGUCGCCGCGUAGACCGAAAACAAGCCAGCCUCGCCCGCGCGUCUGUGGUGCUCAUUUAAGUUAAAACGUAAAAUUCAAAUAAACAGAGCGUACUUUGCCAUGACAAGUGCACGCGGUCGCUGCGCGUGGCAGCCGCGCGACCUGACCGCGAUGAAAUUCGUGUCGAAUAAUUCCGGGUUCAUAAGUCUUCACGAGCAGGUAGGCCUGUUCACGAGUCGCUCCCUUGCGUUGCGUGAGUUUGAUAUCUAGCAAGCUUGAUAUUUCCACACAAGCAACAGGGAACGUUGCGGAGGCCAGCACCACUGGUCAAUCAGGUCAGAGCAGCAGCGUCUAUGCGUCCACUACAACCAAAACAAAGGUAAGGCGCCGUGCAUGCGCGCAAGUCUCUCCGCAACGCAAAGUGGAAGACUCGUGAACGCCUUUGCGCGGAAGGCAGAUUUCUACGCCGUGUACCUAGCCAACUGAAGCAAGCGAAAAACGCAAGUCAAAGAUACGUGAACCGUGAAUAAAUGCGCCCUCACGCACGCGGUACAUCAGGGAGGCAGUUCUCUUGCGUAUUACAUCAGUGUGAUAGACUGAGUGGGGCAGUCUUCGCGUUGCGUAUAAACUAAAAUUGCUCAUUUCUGACUCUGCAUUAAGGAUUUAAUUGCGCAUUUCCACUAUUUCCACUUGCUGAUGUAGUACGGUUCACUCAUGUGGGGUAACUCCACAGAUGUCAAUAGAGUCAUGCCAAUGCAAAAAACGUGCAGUACGCGUAUUGGUUGGAUUGAAACACAGACAUUACUGUAGAAAUCUAUUUGUGCCUAGUGCGUCAUAUCAUAUUGUACAUUUAUAAUCAGAAAGUACAUUAGAAAUAGUCUUUCUUCAUUUAUUACCAUAAAUGUUUCUGGCAUCCUACCUCGCCGGGCUGGUCAUUUUAGAACAGGCCCUGACGUAUAGCACUUGCAGAGAAAAACCCGCGUGUCAUCGGACUCACUUGCUAUGAACAUUAAGGUGGCGGCUGAACGACCUUUUCUUGGAAAACCCUUUAUAUUCUGUAAAUGAACCUCAAAAUGUAACGCUGUUGAGUAUUUUCUAUUUUAUUUAAUUUCUUUCGCUUUGACAUACUUUUAUACUAUUUCCUUCUAUUUCAUUUAUUACGGUUGACAAACUUAUGAAGAUCCUUGAUGAAGAAUGGUAUUUCAUAUGAAAUUUAAUGACAACAAUAUUAUUAUUAACUAAUUGUUAAUUUUAUAAUUAGUGCUUAUUUAUCAAUUUAUAGUUUUCAUUUUUGAUUGACGAUCUCAAUGUAAUGUCCUAUACUUUGACAUGUAGUGCAAUUUAUACUGUAUAAUAUUAUAUUUGAGAAAUAAAUUAAUCUGAAUCUAUUAUUGCUGAAGUCAAUACGCGCCUCUGCGAACAUUCCGGAUACACUGCAAAAGCGUGGCAGUCCUAACAGCAUCCUUAAACCGCAAACUAACUCCUGAAUUUAUUAAUUUAUUAAACCUUUUUUAGUGUACUUUGUCCACAAGCUGCACAUGUACCAAGUUUGACAAAACGCCUUGAAAAGAGUAGUUUUAAUGAUAGAGACAUCACAACGCGCAAACAUAA